UUCUUUACAGGAUGAAUCUUCAGGCCAGCUAACUGAACUCAGGCAUCUGCAUGAAGAACGGAUAAGAAUUUUGAAACAGCUAUCUGAUUCUCAGAACACUUUGAAGAGUUUGAAGGGGAUCUCCUCAUCUCAAGCUCUUCUCUUGGUUAAGGAGCAGCUUGCAAAGUCAAAGGCUGAUUUGGCCUUCUAUCAAGCCCUAUUUGAGAAAUUACAGGCUGCUAAAGAUAACCUAUUGUGGCAUGAGAAAGACACAGCUGUCAAAAGUGAUGUUUGGAUAUUUUACAGCAGGGUUGUAUAGUUGCUGAUUCCAGAAUAAUGGAAUUGGGAGUUGAGAUACAGAAACAACUUGAUGAAAGAAAUGUGAUCGAGACAAGGCUGAAAGAGGCAUUAAGAGAACCUGGUAGGAAAGAAGUAGUUUCAGAAUUUAAGGCGUUGGUUUCUUCUUUUCCUAAAGAAAUGGGGAAUAUGCAGAAUCAAUUAAGUACAAGGAAGCUGCUUCAGAUGUUCAUUCAUUGCGGGCAGAUGUCCAAUCUCUUUCAUUUGUGCUUGACAGGAAGUCUAGAGAGCUGGAAACUUUAUCAGCUAGAUCAAUGGAAGAAGCUGCUGAACUUCAAAAGUUGCACACUGUGGUAUGUUACUACUAAACUCAAGUAUACCAUGAUAUUUCCAUUUAAAGGAAAAAACUUCAUUACAGCUACAUUAAAUUCAAAGAUUGUGUCAACCAAUUUUUGUCUUACUUGUACUGUUUGGCAAUCUUUCCUAUGUUCCUUACUCCCUUUUCACUCAGUUAUGGAGGAAGGAUGGUUGUUGGUAUCAAAUGGUUCAAAUGAUAGAUCUCAUGCAGUUGGUGAUAUUUGA